AUGCGCGGGACCGCACCAGGACCUGGAGGGAAUGGCGAUGGGGGCGGGAUUGGCGACACAGGGCUGAAGGGGGAGGGUGUGCUGGGCUGGGGAGUUGUCUACGGGAAAGGGGGCGGGGCACGAGGCGAUCUAAGAGGAGAAUCUGAUACUUCUGCACUGACCCAGGGGCUGGAGCGAAUCCCAGACCAGCUUGGUUACUUGGUGCUGAGCGAAGGCGCAGUGCUGGCGUCGUCUGGGGACCUGGAAAAUGACGAGCAGGCCGCCAGUGCCAUCUCUGAGCUGGUCAGCACUGCUUGUGGUUUCCGGCUGCACCACGGCAUGAACGUACCCUUCAAGCGCCUGUCUGUGGUCUUUGGAGAACACACGCUGCUGGUGACCGUGUCAGGACAGAGGGUGUUUGUGGUGAAGAGGCAGAACAGAGGCCGGGAGCCCAUUGACAUCUGA